AUGGACGCACCCAAGAAGACCGCAGCACCAUCUGCGACGACAAGCAUGACGUUCAAUAUCUUCUUAUAUGACCCACAAGCAGAGGUCAUAAAAAACCACAGCUUUGCAACUGUAGAUGUUGACACAUCUUCCCUCUUGCUGAGCGGCGUCCGGGAAGCACUGAUAAAGAAGAAAGCAUUGGACUGGUCAUUCGCAGAAGGGUAUGCGGACCGCCAAAAUAUAUAUUUCAAAUGGCACAAGUUCAGAACCGGGCUUGACGACGAUACAAAGGAAUUUGUAAAGGGGAAACUUGAUCUUCUUCUUCCAGAACACAACCCUCAAGGAAUUGACCGGCAGACAGUGAAAGAACUUAUUUCCUCAUUUGAUCCGUCUCGCUGGCAGGCAGUUGGCUCCGACAAGCCGGCCAAUGCUUCGGCAAUGAGUGAAGAUGACUGGAAAAUGUCUACUAAGUUGUCCUUAGCAUUUACCAUUGCUAAAAAGGAGGAGUCGCAGCUCGCCACAGAAACGACUACAGAAGAUGAUCUUGAUCCCGUGGAUCUUAAAAUACCUCUUUUUCAAGUAACCGAUAGCUCCUUUGUUGAGGUUAUGGAAACAAAGUCCUUCAUAUCAACUAUGUUGGCUGGUUCAACAUUUUCACAGACAGACGUGGAGGCCUCAGUUGGCGGGGGGUUUGGAGGGUUUUCUGGAGCUGUGAAAGCUGGCCUCAGUACAUCAGACCAGAAAGUGUUUGAGCAAUCAACACAGGCAUCUACAGCUAUGAUGCACAUAUCCUAUAAUUUCCCUCGGGUUACUCUACAUCUUGACCGUGAAACACUGCAAGUUCGGAAGCAGUGCGUCGAUGAUUUGAAAGGAAUUGACAGCCAUGACAAGUUUGCAAGAUUCCACGAAAAAUAUGGUCAUAUCUUUCCACAGAAAGUUUUACUUGGAGGAUGCCUUUACUUCCAACAGUACUCGGACUCCUUUGGGGAAGUGUCAACGGAGGCAAAAUCCAAAUCUCUCAAGGCGGCCGCAAGCUUAUCCUUCUCGUCUCCAUAUGUUCAAGCCGAAGUUAGCGCCAGCCAUGCUAAUUCCGAAAGCUCUACUUCGGGUGAAAAUAAGAGCGACUUUCGCAGUUCAUUGACCUGGCAUGCCCAUGGUGGCAACACAUUACUAUGCAACAAUCCACCAGAAUGGUGCGGAACUGUCGGCGACUUCCAAAAUUGGCGGAUUGUUCAGCAACGAAACCCAAUUGCACUACUCAGCUUUCUUCGAUCAUUUAGUGUUGAGCUUAGAGAUGCAGUGGACAAGGCAUUGAAUUACCGGGAUUAG